CACCAACCGGGCCCUUGUAGAAAAAAAGAUACUUGCCACCGUGCUAAACAACCUUUCUGGGGGAACCCUGGACAGCAAGGCGUGUGAUACAUGGGCCGAGGGUUUGAUGCUGCCGAGGGAUCAUCGUCAGCGCUGCACACUUUACAGGAGGGACUCAAGGAGCGGAGGCGCUUCAGCGGGGUCAUGGCGGGCGAACAGAGAGCCACACGGCGGCCACGCCUCGGUUUUAUAAUCGGCGUCUCCACCAUUUCACUCCUCAUCCUCUGCAGCCAAGCUUCAAGAGACAGGCGACAGGAAGAGAAGCACCGGAGAGACAUCCUCGGCUCCACAGAGAUCCCAGCGGAGCACAUCGACCCGGCUGCCAUCGACCUCACUCCCCUGGUCAAUACUCUUAUAAACACCAGCCAAUCGGGCUCCCGGCAGCUCUUCUCCCUCCUCAGUGUGACGUCCUACAGCUCUCUAGCUCUCCACAAACUCACCCUGCUCGUCUACAACAUUUCCAACAUUAAAAGUUUAGAAAGCAACACGUUCAGGAGAAGAUUCUGCUACUGUGUCACAAAUGAGACCAACGAUCUAACAGACUUUACGGCCAUCCUGUUGGAUGUGAUGGGAAACUCAACCAGUUACCUGCAUGAGCUCUUUAAAUCUGCCUCCAUCUUAUCAGUGAGCCAGAGGAACAACUCUGAGUGCAUUUACAUCUGUGUGAUGGCAGGUAAGAUGGGCAGAGCGGUGCCGGAGCUGUGGGAGGUCGGCUCCGUCACGCCACUCUUCAACCAGACCAUUGUGGAAGGACCACACAGAGUAGGUAACAUCUCCUCUAUCAGACUUCCUGUGGAAUGGCACCAACUGCCCAACAAUCUGAGUCACAUCUCUCCAUCUGGGAUGAGCUCCGUGUUAACCAGCAGAGUCCAAUCCACCGCACAUGUUUCACCAACAACUAUGGAUGAAACUGCUGAAACUACCGCAAAGAUCACCUCUGCACAGCAGCUGGCAACCUCUCCGCAACUUGUAACUGCGAUGCCACAAAGUCAAACUACGGCAGACAGACUGGAGACAACGGCACAAAGAGUAAUGACGACACAAAGAGUAAUGACGACACAAAUGGGGACGACGCAGAAAGUAACAACACAAGCAGUGACGGCAGCACAGACAACAGAUAUGGAAAAAACUACUAUUGCACAACCAAUUACCUCAACGCAACCAACCACCAUCCUGCAAGUCCCCAAUGCAUCCGUCACAACAGCUGCAGCUCCAACCACAGAAACAGCUCCACCAACCAGAGAAACGGCUCGGCCUACCACAGAAACAGCUCCACCAACCACGGAAACAGCUCCACCAACCACAAAAACAGCUCCACCAACCACAGAAACAGCUCCACCAACCACAAAAACAGCUCCACCAACCACAGAAACAGCUCGGCCUACCACAGAAACGGCUCCACCAACCACAGAAACAGCUCCACCAACCAGAGAAACAGCUCCUUCAACCAGAGAAACAGCUCCACCAACCACAGAAUCGGCUCCACCAACCAGAGAAACAGCUCCUCCAACCAGAGAAACCACUCCAUCAACUACAAAAUCAGCUCCAUCAACUACAAAAUCAGCUACAUCAACUACAAAAUCAGCUCCAUCAACUACGGAAACAGCUCCAUCAACCUCAAAAUCAGCUCCAUUAACAACAGAAACGGCUCCAUCAACCACAGAAACAGCUCCAUCAACCACAGAAACAGCUCGGCCUACCACAGAAACAGCUUCAUCAACCACAGGAACAGCUCGACUAACCACAGAAACAGCUCAACCUACCACAGUAACAGCUCCAUCGACCACAAAAACAGUUUCAUCAACCACAAAAAGGUCUCCAUCGACCACAGAAAGAGCUCCACCAAUCACAGUAAUCACUCCGUUGAGUACAACCCGACUGACCACCUCCUCACUAGUUAUUAGUCUGACCCGGCUAACCCCAGCUACACACCAGCCAACAACAAAGACCCAGCGCAUGACUUCGACAGUUUACCCCACAAGACUUUCAACUGGGCGUCCCACAGCAGGACCUACGGAGGUUAGAAGGACUACAGGGUCUCUGAGCUGGAGAACCACCACACCCAGCAAGUCUGUGGAAACAGAAAAACCAGGUUGUCCAUGGAGACGGACGGAGCUGGCCGACAUCCCGCUUUCUGGCGCCACGACGACCGUCGGCGCUCACAAGCUGCAGCCGUGUGUCCUGGAGCUCUGCAAGUUCUUCUCCCAGUGUCUGUGCAGACCCUCCGGCAACAAGACACGCAUGAAAAGAUACUGCGACGACAGCCACCUUUGGUAUGAAAAACAUACGUCGGAGGUGUGUCGGCGGGUCCGGAGAGUCUCCUUCUCCAGAAAUCUGAAACAGAGAUGCCUGACAAAGAUGUGCAGCAAACUGUGACCCGAGUGGAGGCAGAGGAGAAACAAAAGAGCCCCUUCAUCAUCACGGGAAGUGACUCCAAACUCCAGACUACAGCUGAGUACACUCCCGGAACAUCUGGAGGACGUGUGGGGACAGAAUCGGGAUGGAAAUCGGAAACAAGUUUUUACACAAAAGUGCAACUUUUUAGCUCAAUGGCGUGGUUUUUUUUGCCUCCAACGUCGCCUUCCAGGCAGCUAACCCUAACCUUAACCUUAAACAUAACCAUUGCCGCGCUGCCUGGAAGGAGAAGUUGGGGGCAAAAAAACACCAAACUUUUUUACACAUCUGUCAUGUUUUGACAUUCAUCACUAUAAACUACACAGUGAUGUGAUGUUUUUAGGGCCAAAAAGUACGUAUGACUCAGACCGGACACGGAAAUCUGGAAUCCUGAAACUGAAAUGUUUUCGUCCUGGACUAUUUAUGAAAAUCAUAUUUAAACACAAAGUAUUCAAAUUAUUUUAA